AUGACAAGGGAAUUUGAGGAUACUUGGGCGUAUAAUACAAUUGGUUCACCAUUUCCAGAUAAUCCUGUUAGAGUCAAAGGUCAACAGAAUAUGUAUGUUGCAUUGUGGUACAAAUUUGGAAAACCGAUUCAUGGACGAGCUUGGAACAAUAAUGGAAAUGUGGAAUGUUCAUUCCCGUAUAGUAAGGUGGAAUUAACGGGUGCUCGUGAUUUGGGUGGGCAAAUUCAAAUCCUGACAUGUAGUGAACAAGAUCCUGUGGAACAAUUCAAAAAAAGUGGUUUUUGGUAUGAAUGGCGCCCAUACAAAGAUCGUGAGAACGAUCAGUUGCUGCAAUUAGUACGAUGCGGUCAGUCAACUCCAGUUUUGAUGCCUACGAAGGACGGGAAUACUUUUCUUGGAUAUAUCGACAUGGGCAAAGAUGUCGCAAAUGUUGGUUACAAGGGUAAGAAUGAAACACUUGCAGGCGGCGAAAUCCAGAAUUUGUUGGUCCUAUUUCGAAAUAUUAAAGCUCCGCCAACUGGUAUUAAGAUUUAUGAAGACACUUGGAUUGAUCUCAAGUACCGUGAUCCAUUUCCGACAGCGAAGAAUCCGAUUCCUGGUGGCGGUCGUAAAUUGAAAAACGAUGAUGGCUCAGAGACAUAUAGCUAUGUAGCGCUGUGGUACAAGCAUGGUGAACCGGUGUUCGGACGAGCUUAUCCGGAUCCUGCCGGGAAAACAUUGGCGAGUUUUGGUUGGAAUGGCCAAGAAAAUGCAGGCGCAGAACUCGGGUCUAUGCAAAUGAUCGUUAUCCCGCAGCCCGAAAAUCUUGGUUUCGAAUACAAAUGGAUGUCAUACAAAGAAGUCAAGGGUGGCGCUGGUGCCUUUAAACCCUUGCAUGUUGGUGAUUGCGUACCGUGUGUGCUGAAAACGGCAAAGGGCGCUGAACUACUCGGAAAUUUGCAUAUGAAGAUGGAAAAAGCAACAGCUGGCUUCGGUGGCAAGGAUUCAGCGGUAGUUGGACCAGCUGUUAUGAAUUUCCUUGUACUUUGUCGAAACGGGCACAAAUGA